AUGUCUCAAUCCCAAAUGUCCCCUGAAAAAGAGCAAGAGUUGACGUCCAAGAUCCUACAUCGAGCUGAAUUAGCUCAAAUGACGCGUCAGUUAAAGUUGGGUUUAAGUAAUGUUCCUUCUGCCAAACGAAACCAGGAUUCAACGGCUAAGAAAAGAAGUGGUGAUGAUGAAGAUGACGGGGAUGAAAACAAGUCUCUUCUGGAAGCCAUCUCGCCUGCGAAGAAGCCGCUUCACGAUGAUACGAAUAAAAUGGCUGCUUUUUCACCUGUAAAAUUUAUGGGAAAGCCAAAUACCCCCCCAUGUUCACGCCAACGAAUAUCCGAAGACUGUCCAGAGCAAUCAAAGUCCAGAAAGGAGGACACCCCAUCCACCCCAAAGGCUUCUGCUCCUCCAAUAAUUUUACCACACUCCUCAUCACAUCAGCAACGGUCUAACGAUAAAAUUUUCAUGACGCCAAAACGAAAUAAUAAUAACACUAAUAAUAACAAUAACAAUAACAGUAUAAGGAAAAAAGCAUCGGUUUCCAAAGACUUACCACAGGACAGUGAUAACACCGCGGGGGCCGAUCUUUUAAUGUACUUGGCCACAAGUCCAUAUACCAAGUCUUCCCAUCAUGGCACACCAAUGAACGUAAAAAUGCCUACUACACCACGCUCUUCUCAUUACGCGUCGCAACUUAAUAUGAACGGUAAUACAGGGAAUGCUGCUAACGAUGCAGUAAGGUUUUCUCACAUUAAGCCUUCGGCGUCUUCCCCGCAGUCCACCUUCAAAACAAAUCUCUUAUCGCAUUUCCCGGAUGAUUCUCUCAUGGAUUCUCCAUCAUUAUAUCUGAGUAACAAUAGCGGUAAUGCCCAGGCGGCAUUAUCGCCACAGCAGAGAAGAAAGCCCACCACGAACACAUUGCACCCUCCUACCAACGUGCCUACUACCCCUUCAAGAGAGUUGAAUAGCACCAAUUUCAACUUACUCAGGACGCCGAACUUCAACAUGGGAGACUAUCUGCACAAUCUUUUYAGUCCUUCUCCAAGAGUCACUCUUCAACAGACCACUUCGAGUAUGUCAACUGGGAUUUCCUCGGCGCCGCUGACUGCACCUCCAUCAUCCUCCAAUGCUUCUACAAUAACAGCAGCUGCUAUGUCAAGUCAUACUACAAAUGCCUUUCUGGACAUGAGUGCAAAUGGAAUCCCCCUCAUUGUAGGACGAGGUGGCGACCGUAUGGGCGAAGGAGAAUCCAUUGAUGACAAGCUCACCGACUGA